GCACAACUUAACUUGACCCAGAAAUGAAAAAAGAAACUAACCCAGAAGUUCAUAAAACUUGUGCAAACAGACAGACAGACACACACACACACACCCCCACACACACAAGGAAAACAUUUGAGCAAAGGGGUGUGUAGUUUAGAUGAAAUGAAACUCAGAUAGUGCACUAAUACAGACGAGUGUGGUCAGAAUAAGGAAGGACAGGUUGUCAGAGACGUGGAAAGGAUCAGAACUUCACCGAGAUAACAUGGAUUCAGCCAUGAGUUCCUUCGCAUCCCUCACAUCUUCCUUCACUUCUCUUCGAGACACUCCUGUAUCCAUCUUGCAACACCUCAAAUGUUCCAUUUGCAUUGACUUGCUGAAUGAGCCUGUCACUACCGCCUGUGGUCACACCUUCUGCAGUGCCUGCCUAAGCUGCCACAUGACUAUCAAUGACCUAGUCUGCCCAUUAUGCAAGCAGCAUCUAAAGAUAAAACCAAAGAUCAACAUUGCCUUUAGAGAUAUUCUGAAGGACUUCCUUGAAUCCCAAAAGCCAAGACAGGAUGAGUUCACUGGACAGUCGGGGGAGGUCCCCUGCGACAUCUGCCCUGAUAAUAGCAAAUAUAAAGCAGUCAAGUCCUGUCUGAUGUGCUUGUUGUCAUACUGCGAUAGACAUCUUAAAAGGCAUCACAACAAGUUACGUUCCAAAGGGCAUAAGCUGGUGGCACCUCUGAAUGAACUGGAUCAGCGGGCGUGCAUGGUCCACGGCAGGCCUCUGGAGCUCUAUUCAGUCAGCGAGGGAAAGUUAAUCUGCAGUCUCUGUGUGCAAGGAGGCACAAAUGUGGUGUCUGUGGAGGAAGAAAGAGACAGAAGGCAGGCAGAGCUGGACACUGUUAUAAGCGAGCUCAAACAGAAAAUACAAAAGAGAGAGGAGAAAGUGCAGGAGUUGGACAAUUCUGCAACAAACUGCCUGGCUCUGAUUGACCAGGAGACAAAGGAAAUUAAAAAGAUUUUCAAUGCCAUAAAGAAGGCAGUUCAGAAGGCAGAAGACGAGGUGCUGAGCCCUUUAGAAGACCGGAGGAGGCAAGUGGAGCAGGAGGCAGAGAAGCUGAAAAAGGAUUUGCAGAGAAAGAUCUCCACAUUGAGUGAAACCAUUUCAGAUCUACAAAUAUUGGGGGAUGAAGAAGACCCUGUGUUCUUCCUACAGAGUUAUCCCUCCGUCACAAUGGUAGAUAAUGGCAGUGACGGGACUUCUGUUUUCUUGGAUACUGAUUUGAGCUUUGGCACAAUAAGGAGCCUGGCGGUGACCAUGAUGGCUGAUAUUGAGGAAGAGUUUGAGAAACUCUCCAGAAUUGAAACUGCAAGGAUUAAGAAAUUUGGAGUGGAUGUGACUCUGGAUCCAGAAACUGCUAAUGCUCAACUCCUAAUCUCUGAUGACCUGAGAGAGGUGCGAAGCUCUAUGGAGACAAGGGAUGCAUCUGAUAACCCUGAGAGUUUUGAUCUGUUCGGCAGCAUUUUGGGACAGAACUGGCUGACCGAUGGCAGGGCCUUCUGGGUAGUGGAGGUUGGGAACAAACAAGGCUGGGAUAUUGGGGUGGCAAGAGAGGAGGCCAACAGGAAGGGCGCAAUCUCCCUCAAACCAAGCCAAGGAUACUGGGCCAUUGUGCAUUAUAACAGCGACAAUUAUGCAGCUCUGGAAGACCCUCCCACCCUGCUGUCUCUUUCAAACAAACCCCGCAAAGUAGGAGUGUUUGUUGAUUUCAACGAGGCAUUGGUCUCCUUCUAUGACAUGGAAGCAGAGACUCACAUUUACUCAUUUACUGACUGUGCAUUCGGAGAAGUAAUUAGGCCCUACUUUAGCCCCCACCUUAACCACGAUGACCCGUUGGUCAUCUGCCCUGUUAAUCCCAGUGAAAUGGGAAAUGGGAUUUUUGGGCAACUGUAAAUCCAAAUCAAUGCUGUACAAUCAAUUUCAUAGACCCUUAUGCAAGAACAGUGAAUGACAUAUUCACUAGAAUAUACUGUAUUCAUACAUUUAUGAAAGAAAGCAUUUAAAGAUAUGAACUUAAUUCUGUGUAAUACUGUGAUUUUACUGGCAAUUUAUAUAUAAGCAAAUAUAUAUAUAUAUAUAUAUAUAUAUAUCACCAGGACUGGUUACUUGCACAUAAACAGUCAAAAUUUUCAAAAGUCACUUUAUAAUCCUAAGGGUCCUAAGGCAUUUAAGAUGGCCGUUACUGUAGUGCAAUGUACUGUGCAUUGAAAUGUCAAUGAUUUGCAAACCAUAAUGAAAGAAUCAUUCUUUUCUAUAUUAAGCUAGAGUUUGUAGGUCUGACAUUUGUUGUGAUAAUUGAUGAUUUAGGGGAUCAUUAAAAAUGCAUAUAUAUA